AUGGCCAAGGAAAAGACCCACAUUAACAUCGUGGUUAUCGGCCAUGUCGACUCCGGCAAGUCCACCUCCACCGGCCACUUGAUCUACAAGUGCGGUGGCAUCGACAAGAGAACCAUCGAGAAGUUCGAGAAGGAGGCCGCCGAGAUGGGCAAGGGCUCCUUCAAAUACGCUUGGGUGCUGGACAAACUGAAGGCCGAGCGUGAGCGUGGUAUCACCAUCGACAUCGCUCUGUGGAAGUUUGAGACCACCAAGUACUAUGUGACCAUCAUUGAUGCCCCCGGACACAGGGAUUUCAUCAAGAACAUGAUCACUGGAACAUCCCAGGCUGACUGCGCCGUCCUGAUUGUAGCUGCCGGCGUGGGUGAGUUCGAGGCGGGUAUUUCCAAGAACGGUCAGACCCGUGAGCACGCCCUGCUGGCCUUCACCCUGGGCGUGAAGCAGCUCAUUGUCGGAGUCAACAAGAUGGACUCGACCGAGCCCCCUUACAGCCAGAAGCGUUUUGAGGAAAUCACCAAGGAAGUCAGCACCUACAUUAAGAAGAUUGGUUACAACCCCGCCACCGUUGCCUUCGUCCCCAUCUCUGGGUGGCACGGAGACAACAUGCUGGAGACCAGUGACAAGAUGAGCUGGUUCAAAGGCUGGAAAGUUGAGCGUAAGGAGGGUAAUGCCAACGGUACCACCCUGCUGGAGGCUCUGGAUGCGAUCCUCCCCCCUUCCCGUCCCACUGACAAGCCCCUCCGUCUGCCCCUGCAGGAUGUCUACAAAAUUGGAGGUAUCGGAACAGUGCCCGUCGGUCGUGUGGAGACCGGUAUUUUGAAGCCCGGCAUGGUCGUCACCUUCGCUCCCACCAACCUGACCACUGAGGUCAAGUCUGUUGAGAUGCACCACGAGUCCCUGCCCGAGGCCGUCCCUGGUGACAACGUCGGCUUCAACGUCAAGAACGUGUCAGUCAAGGAAAUCCGUCGUGGUUACGUUGCCGGUGACAGCAAGAACGACCCACCCAAGGGUGCUGAUAACUUCAAUGCUCAGGUCAUCAUCCUGAACCACCCUGGCCAGAUCAACGAGGGCUACGCCCCCGUGCUGGACUGCCACACAGCUCACAUUGCCUGCAAGUUCAAGGAGCUCAUCGAGAAGAUCGACCGUCGUUCUGGCAAGAAGCUUGAGGACAACCCCAAGUUUGUCAAGUCCGGUGACGCCGCCAUCGUCAAGAUGAUCCCCCAGAAGCCCAUGGUGGUGGAGCCCUUCUCCAACUACCCUCCCCUCGGUCGCUUCGCCGUGCGUGACAUGAGGCAGACGGUCGCUGUCGGAGUCAUCAAGUCCGUGGAGACCAAGGAAGUGAGCGGAAAGACAACCAAGGCCGCAGAGAAGGCCCAGAAGAAGAAAUGAAUGGUCGUGCAGGACAUCCAGCCAGGGGACGUGUGCCGGCAGCAGCGGGCCGCU